AGUGAUGCCAAACACCACACACCGUUGGUGCAAAUGGCACAUUCUUAAGAAAGCAAAGGAAAAACUAGGUGCAUAUUACACAAAACGAAGCAAAUUCAGAGCAGACUUCCACAAAAUAGUGAACCACAUGCUAAUAGUGGAUGAAUUUGAAGGUGCAUGGGCUGAGCUGCUUGACAAAUAUGGACUGCAAAAAAACACAUACUUGGAGAACAUAUAUGAAGAUCGAAAAAAUGGGCAAAACCAUACUUCAAAGGAAAAUUUUGUGCAAAAAUGACACGCAACAACGCAGUGAAAGUGCAAACCAUAUGCUGAAGGGAUAUGUUCCAGCUAGCUGUCCAAUGCACUUAUUUGUACGGUAAUAUAUGAGGCUACUUUUUGACCGAGAAGCGAAUGAGAAUUAUGAAGAACGGCGAACAAAGAUAAUGUUACCUGCUAUGAGGCUAAAUACACCACUCGAGUUCCACGCUAGCAAAAUCUACACUGUCGCUAUGUUUGAGAAAUUUGGCGAAAUUCUCUAUGAAGCAGGACAAUAUAGAGUGGAAGAAGUUGAAAAAGGUUCAAAAUAUUAUGUACACCGGUAUGACCCAGAGAAGCAUGACAAGUGGUGUCGAGUUAUGUACAUAGUGGAAGUGCUUGCUGCCGGUGAAGAAAUUGCAUGUGAAUGCGGAGGUUUCGAGCACACAGGUCUGCUGUGUUGCCAUUCAAUUAAGGUGCUUGAUUUUUUGGGUAUAUCCAGAAUACCAUCUAAACACAUCAUAAAGCGGUGGACAAGGGAUGCUAGAGAUAUACUUCCAGAUCACUUGGCACACUUGCAGAAAGACCAGAUUUCAGCCAACUCCAUCACAUUCAGACAUACAAAUCUGUAUACUCAUGCUUUAGAGGUUGUAAGACUUGGGGAUGCAAACCCAAUCGCCUAUGAGUGUGCAAUGGACCUUCUUAGGUCAGCAAUGGAUAAAUUAACACCUUUGGCUGCUGAUCAUGAUGGACUAGGCUUACAGCACAGAAUUGAAUUCAGCAAGCCAAAAGGAACACAAAUAAGUGUGCUGCCUGAAACAGGAAAUGGAUACGGAAGUGAUGCUGAGGGAAGUGCAAUUGGAAAUUUUACCGGUUUAUCACCUCCAGAACGCAAGCGAAAGGCUGGACGACCAACCAACAACACAGACAAGCCUCCAUAUGAUGACCGCGGUGCAAAAAGCAAAAAAUAUAAAAAUGUACCACAUCUUGAUAGUGCUCCAGCAUCUAGUACCAGCAAGUGAACACGAUUCUGCACUAUAUGUCGUGGCCCUGGUCAUAAGAGCACAACAUGUCCACAGAGGGGUGAUAUUCCUCAAAAGAAAAGAAAGGAACCAAAAUGCUCAAUCUGUGGAGUGGGAGGGCAUCGAAAGAACACAUGCAACAAUCCUAAGAUCGUCUUACAUGUUGCAGAGAUAGGUGCUCAUGAACCUCUUGUGAACCAGUGAUGAACCUAUGUAUUUUCUCUUUUUCUUUCCUCUUUUAUGAACCAUGCUCAGUAGCCACUUUGCUUGGAAAAAAUAAUACACUGUUGUGAUGUAUGCGCGUCUGCACCCCUCCAUUACGUACCUGAGAUCUUAAGAACCAAAUUCCAUCUUGUAAUAUCUCUGGGUUGUUAAUUUUCAUGUAUUCCUGGCA